AUGAGCGGCCGAUACGGAUACGGCGACACCGGCCGGUACGAUCGCGGCGAUGGCGGCUACGGCGGCAGCAAUCUCGGUGUGAAUGGGUACGGCGGAGCAGGAGGAGCAAGCAGGGACCGCCGCCCUGGUGGCUACGGUGGUUUCUACGGCGAGUCCCCUUCACCGCGCUCUGUGUCACCCAAUCCGUCUCCGGAACGACGGCGCGACCAAGGAGAUCGGGACGGGCAGCAACAACCAUCGUCCAAUUCGCGGCCGCGCACAAGGAAUGGGGAUGGAGAGAACAGAUAUCAGGGCUCCAGACCUGAUCGUCCGAAGGAGGCACCACGGUAUCCGGAAAGCAGGAAUCGGGAUAGAAAUGGGUAUAACGUUCCGAAAGUGGAUGACAAUCCUGGGGAGCUGCAAUCAGUUGAAUCCGUCCUGCAGUCGAUCCAACGCGAGUGGGAUUUCAUGACGGAUACCGAGUGCAUCCCGGUGCAUGUGGCGUUGAGUCUGAUGGACAUGAGUACAUUGGGCAAGGCGGAUCGCGAGCCGGACUUUCUCCGGAUGCAUAAUCAGAUUCAGAGGACUUUGAAGGCGAUUGUCAACGAACAUCACCAGGGAUUCAACAGCUCCAUCGGGACAUACCACAAAAUCCAGUCGAGUAUUGCAAGCUCCCAGGGCCGAGUUCGUGAUCUGAGACAUUCCCUAGAGGAGGCAAAGUCUGGGUUACUGUCGACGAAGCCGGAACUCAAGGGGCUGGCAACGUCCUCACAGAAUUACGAUGAUAUCAUUCAGUUGUUCUGCCAUAUCGAGGAAAUUCAAUCCCUCCCUGAGAAACUGGAGGCUCACAUCUCCGACAAACGAUUCCUCGCUGCAGUGGAUGUGCUUCACACUGGCUUGCGGUUGCUCCGCCGCUCUGAAUUGGACAACCUUGGUGCCUUGGCAGAUGUCCGUGCGUUCUUCAGCAAUCAAGAAAUAUCACUCACAGAUAUCUUGAUUGAAGAAUUGCACGAUCACUUGUACCUGAAGUCUCCGUACUGCACUGAUCGAUGGAAACCACCGAGCGCCGAGGGAGACAUCAGCUCAUUCAGUUGGACCGGCAACCGCUCUUGGGAACGGCCAGUAUACACUUUUCUGGCAAAGUUGGAUGCGUCGACGCCCAUGGUCGAAGAUGCUUCGCGGAAUCCCGAGGCCGACACAUUCUCAUAUAUCCACUUGUUGAUCGAAGCCCUGAAUAAAAUGGGCCACCUUGAUGUAGCGAUUGAUCGGAUUGAACAGCGUCUUCCGGUUGAACUGUUCGCGGUGGUCGACAAAACGAACGCAGAUGUUGAUGCUCGCUACCCCAGCUCGGCCAAAGGGUUUCCAUCUCACGACAGCUCCCUCAAGACCAGUCUACCCACCGAGGCGAUCGAAAAGCGAGGUCACGUGCUAGCGGAAUUCCUAUGGGCGUUGUACGCCAAAUUCGAGGCCAUCGCUGAGGGCCACCGGGUCAUUCACGAUGUGGUCGCGGCUAUUGUGCAACGUGAGGGUCUCACCACCGGCGAUACUCUUGCUGGAGGGUUCAAGGAGUUGUGGAAACUUUACCAAAGCGAGAUCCGAUCUCUCAUGCACGACUACCUUGCAACUGAUGGCGAGGCUUCUUAUCGUUCUCGGGGCGAGGAAGCCGACGCUAGGCGGCAGCUCUAUUCCGGUCGAGAUAAAACAAAGAAAAUGUUCAAGUUAUCGGAUAUUGAUCAGAACUCAGAGAUGAAGGCUGAGCAGGAUGAGCUGGAUGAGAUUCUAAAGUCCUCUGUGCCUGGAAUGGUCUCCAAAACAAGACAGAAAUCAUCCACAAACGACACUACCCAAUCCAGACAGGGCAACUCCGGAACUGGCCACAAGAUCCUAAUCGAGCCAAGUGUCUUUAACAUGGGUCUGCUGCUACCGCCUUCGCUUUCUUUCAUCCAACGCUUGAAGGACAUUGUUCCGGUCAACUCGGACAUCCCGAUGAACACACUGACCUCUUUCCUGGACGACUUCAUGGUCAACGUUUUCCACCCUCAGCUGGAUGAGACUGUGACGGACCUGUGUACGCUCAGCUUUAUCGCUGCUGAUGCAUUUACGGAAGACCCUCAGUGGGCCAAGGUGUCUCCUCGUCCCAUUUUCAGGGGUACGGUCAAAUUCAUGUCCAUUGUGCGGGAAUUUAGCAAGAUGUUAUCGAGCAUCCCGCACGACCAGUCUUUCACACAACUUCUCAUUGACCAGAUUGUGACGUAUUACGACAAGUGUUUCGGAUGGUAUAAAGCAAUGGUUACCAAAGUCUCAACUCGGAAUCAGGGAGGUGGAGUCCGACUCAAAGCUGCAGCGCAGUUUGCAGACUCCGGAGAUAUUCGUGACACCGUCAAUGAGUUGUGGGAAGGAACCACGACAAAAAAGCAGAUCUUGCUUGAUAAGGAAAUCGAACUCCUUCUCAAACGGACUAAUCAGGUGCCCCUGGAACCAUACGACAUCAUAUCGGAUCCCAAAACAGUCGUUUCUCUUUCCCUCCUGUACAACAGCAUGAAAUGGCUUGGCAGCCAUCUCACCAAAAUUCGGCUGGUGAUGGACCCGGCAGCGGAGGCUGAUUCGUCGCCAUCUCUAACUGCGAGCGGACGACCGUCGCGACGGUGGACCUUAUUUGGAGCCAUGAGACCCAAGCGUGACAGUAUUAACCAGCCUGUAUUUCUUCCACUCAAUCAGGAGACAGCAGCGGCGUUUGAUCGAACCCUGCAAUCCUUGCACGGUCUUGGUUCUACCGCGCUUCUGACAUUGCACGUUGACAUCCGCUCAAGCGAAGCCUGGUGGCACAUCCUCAUGAACCAGCCGACAGCCGCGUCACCAACCAUCCUUGAGCUGAACAACGACCUCAUCGCCUUCGACACAAACAUUUCGCUAUACCUCGGCUCCCCAGAGCGCUGGUUCAUCACCUCUGGCCUGGCACGGUUCAUCGACCACGUCUUCGUCGCCUGCACGCGCUACAUCGGUGCUAUGAAUGAGAACGGCGCUUUACGUCUGCAGCUCGAUGUGCUGGUUCUCCAACAGAACCUGAAGAACAUCAUCAUCGACCCGACAGCAGCGGACGGGAGCGACUCCUCGCACGAGAUCGUCGCCUUGCCGCGCAGUGCUAAGUUCCUGGACUGGUUCCUUGAGGGUGCGGAAAAGACUAUCGACAAUGCCAAAUAUGAGAAGGAGGAGUUCGCCACUCAGGGAGAUAAGGCCCUUGCGGCUGGGAACGGCGAACCCUUCACCUACGAUGAGCUGCGCGUGCUCGUGGACCUCUGUUUCUCGGAGAUCUUGCGCGGGCCCCGCGGUGCAGACAACCGUGAGGAUUUUAUGGCGGCGAAGAAGGCUAGUGGUGAUGCGAUGCUAAGUCUAAGUGAGAUUAUGUGGGACGCCCGGUAG